AAUCGAUCAAGGCAUCCAAUAACAACUUAAAAACCGUCUUGGGCACGGUAAUCAACCUCUCCCCUACAACCAUCCUCAAUCCGGUUCCCCAGCUUUUUACAAUGGAAGCUGUUGCGCUUUCUCAUGCUCACGACGUGCUUGCCACGUUUAACUAUAUGGAUUUGACCGACCCUAGCUAUGCUGAUCCGGUUACGUUCCCAUCCGACGAAAACGAGCGGAAAAAUAUCGCAAAUCUGCCCGGGAACAAAAAACCGUCCGUCUCGUUGGAGUUUACCGUCAAGGACAUUAGCGCAGAAGUGGACAAGUUUACUCUCGACGACCACGGUUUCCAGUAUAUCAAACACCAAAGCGGCCUUUCCGGCAACGACUUCCAGGAUGAUGAAAAGAUUCAGGAGGUUUACUACGCCGAGUCAAUUGAUUUACUCAAAAGAAUAACCGGGGCGUCUUACGUGCACAUCUACGAGCACAAUUCUCGUGGGCCCUUUAGACCCAAACACAACUUGGAUAUUCCGAUGCACAAUCCCUGCCAUUUUGUCCAUUGCGACCAGUCCUACGACGGCGCCAAGACGAUCGCCCUGAGUCGCAUCCCGGACAAGGAUUUCGCUGAGAAGGCAGUCCAGGGCCACUUUGCCGUUGUGAAUGUCUGGCGGCCUGUGAAGACAAUUUAUAAAGAUCCUUUUGCCUGCGCCGAUGGCGUUUCGGUGGUAGAUGAGACUGACCUGGCCCCGAUGCCCAUCCAGGCCGAUGACCUCACCGAGGAGGGAUGGUCGGUUGGUCCCAACAAGCAGCACCGAUGGUAUUUCAAAUAUGCGCAGCAGCCCGACGAGGUCCUACUUUUCAAGAAUUUUGAUUCCCACGGCAAAGUUAGAAGGAUCGUGCACUCGGCGUUUGUAGAUCCGGCUCAUAUUAAUGAUUAUCCCCGGGAGAGCAUCGAGCUGCGUUCAUUUUUAUCUAUUAUGGAACCAUUCCGACCCAUGCAAUUUCCAUUGGGCGGUGCUGCUCCGCAAGGAACGCGCCUGGCCACCGCUGCCGAGCUGGACAAGCGUAGCGACGACGAAAUCAUAGCCAUGCUCACGGGUUCCAUCGACCCACCCUGCAACGAAAAGAACAUGUGGGCAUACUGGCAUACGGGUUUUGAAGCCAUGCCAGCUUGGAACAAGCGGAACGUGGUGAACUGGGUUCGACUACUAGGACCUUCUUGGACGGUACGUGUGCUUGACGGCGUCCCGGGGUCGGCACGCAAUGCGACCAAGCUUGUUCCCCCCUCGAUGCUUCCACCAGCCAUGAAUGCAGGGACCAUGUCGGGUCCUUAUAUUGGCACGCACUCGGCAGACUUUGUACGCCUACCGCUCCUGUUUCUGUACGGAGGAUGCUGGCUGGAUGUCGGGGCGAUUCUCCUGCGGCCGUUGGACGAUAUAUGGGCCCUGCUCGAGGACGCCACGCAGCCCUAUGAGUUUGCCGCCUUCAACUACGAGACGCGCCCAGGAGAAACCUCAAUCAUAAACACGUGGAUGAUGGCCCGCAAAGGCAACGAAAUGAUCCGCCGCUGGCAUGAUACCUUCCUGCACGUCUGGGGCGACGCCACCAGCUGCGAUGGUUUGUCAAAGCACCCGCUUCUCCGCCACCUCAAGCCGUACUUUUCACCCACGGAUCCGUUAAUCAUGAACGAGAACCACGAGGAUGUCGUCAAGUCUGGAGCCAUUAUGGACUAUGGGGCCCAGGUGCACUGCCUGGAGCGACUGCGGGACCUCGUGGACAGCCAAGACGGCUGGGACGGCCGGGCCUGCAUCGACAGGACGGCGUUCCUAUUGCCGGCGUUGAAGGAAAUGUGGUACUACCAGGAAAGAACAGAGUUUAUGGGCUACAAGCAGUUUGAUUUGCUGACGACAAAGCUUGAUGCGGCCGAUGCGCAAAGGGCCCAGGCCGAGACCUUUGUCAGCGACAUGCUAGCCAACACGCUAAUGAUGAAGUUCUGCCACGGUCUCAAGGGCGCCAUGGCUUCCAGCCUGGCCGACCUAUGGGACGGCCCCGCCAACCAAGAUGCUGAUCACAGACAAGGCACAUUUGCCGAGUAUCUCCGAUGGGGGUCUGUGCACUUGCGCCAGACAAGGAGCUUGGUGCCCGAGAAACUUAGCCCAACAACCAAUAAGCAACACCGAGCCGCUAUCUUUGAGCCCUUUCCCGUGUCGAGCACAUGA